AUGUCACACAAUCCGUCUUUUCUGCGGUCGUCGCAAUCGCCGAUGCUGAACCACCAGCAACUUCACCCCCACCAUGGCCAGAGUUCUUCCAGAAAACCCUCCGUUGUAGAAAUGUUGUCUUCCCCUCCACCAUUGCCAGCUGACCAAACACAGACCUCCAUAGAUGAGAUAAGCUUGUCACGAAACACCUCCAUCUCGUCGAGAUCAUCGUCGGUGAUUCAGCCUACCGUCAAUUGGAGCGAGAUUUUGUUGGCAGACCUAACGGAGGCAAACAAACUCAUUACUAUCAACUCGUCCUGCUCUGUACAGAAAGCAUAUGAAACGUUGGUUGACCACAAUUUGACAUCUGUGCCGGUGGUACUUUCUCAAUCUGACGAUGGUUCAACAAAUUACUUGUCUUUUGAUUAUUCGGACUUAAACACAUACCUUUUGUUGAUCAUGAACAGAAUUAGCGUAGACGAUGUUUUGCCCAGCCAGGACAGUGAUGGCAGACGCCCUUCGUUGCAAGAGCGCAAAGAUACUUUGACUAGUUAUAUCAAUCGCGCCAAAAAGGGCGAGGAGGUUCCUGUGGAAAUCAUUGUCAGUUUGCAACCAAAAACGCCGUUCCUUAGAUUCAAAGAGUCCGACACCUUGCUUAAAGCAGUUGAAGUGUUUGGAAGCGGUGCUCACAGAGUAGCCAUCAUCAACAACGAUAACAAAAUCUCGGGUAUUCUUUCGCAGAGACGGACCAUCAAGUUCUUUUGGGAUAACGCACGUAGAUUUACGUCGCUCGAUUACCUUUUGAACUCGUCAUUGCAGGAUUUGAAGGUCAUUUCAAGCAAUCCGGUGACCAUUCAAGGCGAUUGCCCUUUGAUCGAAGCAUUGGAAAAGAUGUUCACUGAGAGAAUGUCCUCUCUUGCUGUCAUUGACAAGAACAAAUCUCUUGUGGGUAACAUAUCUAUUGUCGAUGUCAAGAACGUCUCUUCUACAAAUAACUCUCAUUUGUUGUUCAAGCCUGUGACUACGUUCAUCUCGUACAACUUAUCACAAAAGGGUAUUGAAAAGGGUCAGGAUCAGUUCCCCAUUUUCCAUGUUAACCCACAAACUUCUUUAGCGAGGGUGAUUGCCAAAUUAGUGGCUACUCAGUCCCAUAGAUUGUGGAUUGUUGAAGCAAGGACGUCACAUUACUCUGUUUCCAACGGCCCUGGUGCCACUGUGGAAACUGCACUUGCUGCAGAAAGUCCAGUGGCUUCGGCAGCAGCCACUAGCAUUCAAUUUGAAAGUGGCCGUCCGGGCAAACUCAUAGGCGUAGUGACGUUGACGGACAUUCUUGCUUUGUUUGCGCAGUGCAAGUCUGGAGUGAAAAUCGACACGCAAUCGGCCAGAAAUCAGAGACGCAGAUCGUCUACCCUGACAACUAGAUCGUCCUUAGAUGGCGUGUCUGGCUCGAUCACUACUCCAACUACCCCAAAACAACCCAGCGUACCAAUAAACCAGGAGAUGUUCCGCAAGUCAUACCAGACGGGAAAGGGAGACAAUGUUUUCAGCAAUGAAUAG